AUGGCACCACUGGAAUCCAUCUUGUGGAUCAUUUCCUUUGUAUGGGUGUUCUAUCAACUGUUUAGAACAGGUGCAUUUGAUAAUCGAGUCAUUUCAGGUUGGAUGGUGAGUAUUUUGUUGGGUAUUUUGUGGGUGCGGUUCUCGUCGAAACAAAAGAGUAAGAAUGAGGAUUCAACUACUUCGUCUGAUGAACAAUUGGAUAUCCAUGAUGCGCAUCAACAGAGCAAGAAAUCAGAUGGUGAUGUCUUUCAAAGAUCGUCUUCUUCCGGCCUUCCCACUAACAGUAAAGGAUCGCACGAGUUUCCUGAAUCCAUCAACCGCAUUUUCGGUGCGAGCAAAACAUCAUUUAGAGCCAAUGCGGAUGAUGGCUUAUUAUGCGGUGUCCUUUUAUUGCCUAUGGUAGCAGCUACAAAGCUUGUGGAUGCAACCAGCAAGAACGCUGAUCGGUUUCAAAUAGCUUACCUGCAAGUGCGCAUGGAAUUAGUGCUAUUCAUGAGCGUUAUUUUACUGUUGCUGGUAUUGACAAACGACUAUUCGCAUCCUGUCAAACGAGUGAUUUCCAAGAGAGGGUUGUUUGUGUCGAGUAUCUGCGUAUCUGCACUGUGUACCACGCUUUUGACUCAAUUCACACCAUUGGCACCAAUGCUGACAGAAACACCCGUGGCCAUGACAGUGCUGUCUGUUACCAUGUUUCAAUGGUUCUUGUAUAUAUGUGUUGUCACCUUGAAGAAAUGCUUUACAUUAGGUGAAAUGUGUGUAAUCUCUCAGGCUGCUGCUGUGGUUGUUUAUGGUGCAUCAGAGUAUAUUUGCUCGGCUUAUUACCCUGAUACAACACCCAUCUACUUGCAUUACAGUGACAUUUCAACCAGCAUGGUGUUGAUUCAUGCGCUGGUCGUCGGCAUGAUCUUUAUCGGUGUCGUGACAUACCCUCUUUUGCGCUACUCGCGUCGUUUGGCUCAGCAGCCGUACUGGCGCUCUUUGCCAUCUCACAAUCAGUCCAUCUUUCAGAACAAAAAGAUGCUGGUGGCGAUAGCUUUCUAUGUCUUGACAGCCACGAUUGUCUUGUUUGUGAUUGCUCCUAUUUGCAAAUCUGUUACUGGCGAGAAUCCAUUCAUGUGGACACUUGAUUUUUUGUACAUGUCUCCUUCGCGCAUGUUUCUCUGCUUGUACUGGUCUCUGACGGUCAUUACGACUGUGGUGAUCUGGGUGCUCGUGUUGGAUUUUGUGCCUCAGUCUCCCAACAAUGGUGAUUUGUAUUCAAGCAAUGUGGAGGGAAAGGCGCUGACCAGUGCUUUGAACAAGAAGAGAAAAUUGUUCCAUGCCUUGGCUGUCAUUAUGUUUGUACCUGGCGUCUUGUUUGAGAAAUCAUUCUUGCAACUGGCCUUCGGUGUUGCAUUAUCUGGUUUUAUCUACCUGGAAUAUUUGCGCUAUUUUGCUGUGUGGCCCUGGGGAAAGAGUCUACAUGUGUUUUUAACAGAAUUUAUCGAUAAUCGUGAUUUGGGCCCUGUCAUUUUGAGUCAUAUCUACUUGCUGUUAGGUUGUGCAAGUCCUGUUUGGCUUGGAAGCUCCAAUGUAUUAGCCAGUUUAUCAGGCGUUUUGUCAUUGGGAUUUGGUGAUGCCGCUGCAUCCAUCAUCGGUAAACGAUUUGGUCACUAUCGAUGGCCAGGCACCAAAAAGACAGUGGAGGGCACCGCUGCAUUUAUCAUUGCAGUCCUUUUCAGCUCCUGGGUUAUUGUGUAUAGCUCUGCCUUGGUCGGCAUAGAUGGAGCUUCUCGCUAUGUUGCUUUGGCUGGCCGAGGUGAAUGGCUGAAUUACUCAGUUGUGAUUACACUCACAGCCUUGCUGGAAGCAUUUUCCACUCAAAAUGAUAAUAUCAUUAUACCACUUUAUAUGUACGCACUUGUAGUAUUAGGCCAUACCAUGUAA